AUGUCUUCAAAGCGGGAGACGACCUCCGCUGUCCAGGGCGCCACCAAGGCAUGCAGAGCCUCCAGGCUCGUAACUCCAGGGCCAAUGUUGCCGCGCAACGUUGAUAGUGACGACUCUUACGAGUCGAGCGAAGUACCCGACGAACUCAACAAGGUGAUCACUCGGAACGUCCAGAAAUUUGAUAUCAGUGCUUUCCCAUAA